AUGUCUAUGAAGGAGGAUUACUAUGAUUACCUCUUUAAAAUUGUUCUGAUAGGAGAUUCGGGAGUAGGGAAAUCAAACUUACUUUCCAGAUUUACAAGGGACGAAUUUAAUUUAGAAAGUAAAAGUACAAUAGGCGUAGAAUUUGCCACUAAAAGUAUUCAGUUAAAAAAUAAUAAAAUUAUAAAAGCUCAAAUUUGGGAUACAGCAGGUCAAGAAAGAUACAGAGCCAUCACCUCCGCAUAUUAUCGAGGGGCAGUUGGUGCAUUAUUAGUUUAUGAUAUUACAAAAAAAAAUUCCUUUGAAAAUAUUGAAAAGUGGUUAAAAGAAUUAAGAGAAAAUGCUGAUUCCAAUAUUGUUAUUUUAUUAGUUGGUAAUAAAAGUGACCUAAAACAUUUACGUGUAAUAAAUGAUAAUGAUGCUACUCAAUUUGCAAAGAAAGAAAAAUUAGCUUUUAUCGAAACUUCUGCUCUUGAAGCAACUAAUGUGGAAUUAGCGUUUCACCAGUUAUUAAACGAAAUCUAUAAUGUCAAACAAAAAAAACAAGGCGCAAAAAAUGAAGACAAUUUAUCGAUACACCCUCGGGGAAAAAAAAUAAAUGUUGACGAUGAUAAUGACCAAAGUGAAGCAAAAAAGAAGUCGAAAUGUUGUUGA